AUCAAAAUAUCGGAAUUAAGUGAUAGUUUGUGGCAGACGACAAGCGUGCCACCACCACAAGUGGGCCAUGCUGCCACUAGACAAACGUCAGCACAUCCUCAUCAACAACAACAAUAUCGAGGUGGUGUUGGUGCUGGUGGUGUUGCGGCCUAUUAUAUUCAUGGCCAAAAUGCAAAAAAACUACUACAGCAGCAACAACAACAGCUGCUGCAUCAGUAUCAUUAUCAACAUCAUGCUGUUGCUUUGGCCACUGGCAACAGCAGUAGUAGUCAACGUGAAACGACAUCAAAAAGACCGGAUACAAUGGUAUCCAUAUCAACCAUGUAUACACAAGCUGAAGAAGAUACAACGGAAAAAUCAUCAACAUGUGGCACAAUAUUAAUAUUGCUCUCGGUGGCUUUGUGUAUACUAACACUACCUUUUAGUUUAUUUGUUUGUGUUUUAACUAAGGAUAGUGUCACAGUCUCAGUGGAUGCAGUGGUUUACUAUCGCGUUUCGAAUGCGACAGUUUCUAUAGCGAACGUGGAGAAUGCUCACCACUCGACACGAUUAUUGGCACAGACUACUCUACGAAACACAAUGGGAACUCGGCAUUUGCAUGAGAUACUCAGUGAACGUGUAUCUAUAUCUGGUUCAAUGCAGCUACAACUGGAUGAAGCUACCGAUGCCUGGGGUAUUAAAGUUGAACGAGUAGAAAUCAAAGAUGUACGCUUGCCAGUGCAACUACAAAGAGCCAUGGCAGCCGAAGCCGAGGCAGCAAGAGAAGCCCGAGCUAAGGUAAUAGCAGCGGAGGGUGAGCAAAAGGCUUCGAAGGCCUUAAGAGAAGCCUCAGAGGUGAUUGGUGAUUCACCAGCAGCUUUACAAUUAAGAUAUUUACAGACCUUAAGCACAAUUUCGGCUGAAAAGAAUUCAACGAUUGUUUUUCCCUUGCCCAUUGACUUGAUAACAUACUUUUUGAAAACAACCGAUGAGAAGACGCAAAAAAAUGCAGCCAAAGCCUGUGCAGCGAUUGCCCAAACAACGGUAGAAGCCAUUGCCCAGCAACAGCAAUCAACCGCCAUGUAAAAGUAACAUUUUUUUUUCAAAACUGUAGACAGCAACAACAACAAAACUUGGACAAAUAAAAAAAUAAAUAAAAAACACAAGCUGAAUGUAACUGAAGAAAACAAAACAAAAAAAAUGAAACGAAAAUACUUUACAAAAUAAACAACUUUAAAAAACUCGUAACAGUAACAGCAAAAAACAGCCAAAAAAAAAUAACUUUUUAUGUGUAAAAUAAUGUUAGAAUUGAAAUAGCAACAACAAAUAUUAUUCUAAAAAAAACUUAAUUUCAUAUGUAUGAAAUAAAAUAUACAUACAUAUAACUUAGACGUAUCUUACAAAAUCUUUAACAAUUCCAUAUUUAAAAAAAAAAAACACUUUGGGAUUUGUUAUUUUUUAAAUAAAUCUUGCUAUUUAAAAUCUGCUGAAAUAUUUAUUUUAAAAUAAAUUUUUCUUAAAUUUCAUUAGAUAAAAUGUUAAAGAGUUUGAAAUAAAAUAUAAAAAAAUAAAAAAAAAAUCCCCAAAAAAAUAAAAUAAAAAUAUCUGUGUCAACAUUUCAUUUUACAAACUGUGAAUAAAUGUUUACUUUAUCUACUUGAUGACAAAAACAACAUUAUUGAAAAAACAAAAACACAAAAAAAUCUACUACACAAAUAAACUUGUAAUUCAUUGGUUUUCUUUUGAACAGCAGUAACAAGAACAAAAACAUAAGUAUUUAAAUAUAUAUUUACAUAUUUUACAUACAUAUGUAUACAUACAUGCUUACGCAGACAUGUGAAUAAAAACAUACAUAUACAUUUACUAUAUAUGAGACAAAAAAAAAGAAAUGAAAUAAAUUUGAACUUGAUCGUAUGUAUGUACAUUUAGUAUAUUAUAAUAUUUGUUUAUGUAUAUGUAACUACUACAUUGGCACACAGAACUUUAAAGUAAUAGAGCACUUUUAUCGAUAUUAAUCGUUUAUUUUAAUUCCUUCUAUAAACCAUUUGUGAAAAGUCGAUGAAAAUGAUUAAAUAGUUUUAUACAAUUAUGGAUGUUAUCAUGAAUACAUGUUAUCAGAUAUGUAAAAUUCCGAUCUAUUUUACUUUUUUCAAUGAUAAGGGAUUUUCAUACCUCACAUCACUAUAGUAGUAUGGAAGUUAUUAUGCGUUUGUAAUGAUGUUUAUAACGCCAAAAAAUAUUGGUUCUCAAUAUAUAAAUCGGCUCACUUUCUACUUUCUGAGUCGAAUUAGCGGUGUCCAUCCAUCCAUCCGUCUAUCUGUCUAACCAAACAUCAGUAUAGUUUUAUGUUGGUUAUUAUGCGUUUGUGAUGACACCAAUAAAUAAUGUUUUGUAAUGAUGUUUACAACGUCCAAAAAUAUUGAUACUCAGUAUACACUCACUUUUUACUUAUGGGGUCGACAUCCAUCCGUCUAUCUGUCCAACCCAACAUCACUAUAGCAGUAUGAAGAUUAUUAUGCGUUUGUGAUGAU